CCCUCUUGGCCAGCCCAGGUCUUCCCAUCCUGGACCGCGGCCGGUGUGCUGUGCUGUGCUGUGCGGUGCUGUGGUGCUUCAGCGCUUCGUCGCAGGAGGAGAGUCGCUGCCGAGUGGGCGCUCGGCUUUCGCGUCGUCAUGGCUGGCUAUGAAUACGUGAGCCAGGAGCAGCUGGCUGGCUUUGAUAAGUACAAGUACAGCGCUGUGGAUACCAACCCACUCUCUCUGUAUAUCAUGCAUCCGUUUUGGAACACUAUAGUGAAGGUAUUUCCUACUUGGUUGGCUCCCAAUCUGAUAACCUUUUCUGGAUUUCUGUUGGUUGUAUUCAAUUUUCUAUUUAUGGCCUACUUUGAUCCCGACUUCUAUGCUUCAGCACCAGGUCACGAACAUGUACCUGACUGGGUCUGGAUUGUAGUGGGCAUCCUCAACUUCGUAGCCUACACUCUCGAUGGUGUGGAUGGAAAGCAAGCCCGAAGAACCAACUCCAGCACACCCCUAGGGGAGCUUUUUGACCAUGGCCUGGAUAGUUGGUCAUGUGUUUACUUUGUUGUAACUGUGUAUUCCAUCUUUGGACGAGGGUCAACUGGAGUCAGUGUUUUUGUUCUUUAUCUACUUCUAUGGGUGGUUUUAUUUUCUUUCAUCCUGUCCCACUGGGAAAAAUACAACACAGGAAUUCUUUUCCUGCCAUGGGGAUAUGACAUUAGCCAGGUGACAAUUUCUUUUGUCUACAUAGUGACUGCGGUUGUGGGAGUUGAGGCCUGGUAUGAACCUUUCCUGUUUAAUUUCUUAUAUAGAGACCUAUUCACUGCAAUGAUUAUUGGUUGUGCAUUGUGUGUGACUCUUCCAAUGAGUUUGUUAAACUUUUUCAGAAGCUAUAAAAAUAACACCUUGAAACACAAUUCCGUCUAUGAAGCUAUGAUUCCCUUCUUUUCUCCAUGUUUGCUGUUCAUUUUGUCUACAGUAUGGAUCCUCUGGUCACCUUCGGACAUUUUAGAGCUGCAUCCUAGAAUUUUCUACUUUAUGGUUGGAACAGCCUUUGCUAAUAUCACAUGUCAGCUGAUUGUUUGUCAAAUGAGCAGUACCCGUUGCCCAACUUUGAACUGGUUGCUGAUGCCGCUCUUCUUGGUGGUCAUGGCAGUAAACUUAGGAGUAGCCUCUCACAUCGAGAGCAUUCUCCUGUAUACAUUAACGACUGCCUUCACUCUGGCCCACAUCCAUUAUGGAGUACGAGUGGUGAAGCAGCUGAGCAGUCAUUUUCAGAUUUACCCUUUCUCCUUGAGGAAACCAAACUCAGAUUGACUAGGAAUGGAAGCAAAGAACAUUGUUGUGUAACCUACAGGAGGAAGUACUGUAAAUAGAUGCUUGUAAAUAUUUCAUCCAUCACCAUUGAACUAAACCGACGUGCUUGAUAGGCGGGGGAUCUCAGUGUGUUUGGUAUCUGGACCGCAGGAAUGAAACAUGAUCUGAACUUGUAGAAUUGUGGACUGACGACCAGCUUAUUUUAUUUUAUUUUAUUUUAUAAAACCUUGUGCUAUUUUGGUUAAAUGUAAUGAAUGUUAGGCCAGCAGAAUGUUCCUACUGAUUUUAGCGUCAUGAGUCCAUAAUGUUUUGGUUCCUAGAAAGUUAAAGAUGCUUGGUUUUAGUUUGUAAAAGCCCCAGCUUGGUUUAUGAACACUAGUAACGUUGAGGAAACUAUGAUGAGUUUUCAGAUUUAGUACUUGGUAACAGGCCUUUGAUUAAUAGCCCAAGUCUGCUACUGCAGGGCACAGAAAUGAAAGGAAUUACUGUCAGCAAGAGAUGCCAAUGAGUACGGAGCAGCGCACAGUUGCCAAAUGCUGGUUUCUCUUUCCCAUGGAAAUGCAUUUUUUUUUCCUCACUUGCUAAGGAGAUUAUCAAGUAUUCUUGCUUUCUUUGUUUAUGGAAUAAAUCUUGAUGAAUGGUUUCAUUUUUGGGGGGGGACUUGAUGGAGAAUGAAUUAUAGUAAUAGCUCAUCUUGGGCAUAAAUCAUUGUUUACACGUGACAUUUUUAUCCCCCUCAGCUGUAGACUGAUGAGAUUUGGUGCCUGUGAGCUAGAACUGUAAAAAAGCACGUGGCCGUCCAGGUCUGAGGAGUAUUACCUGUGAGGCAUGCAAAUAAAGUACACUGUAAGAGCAACUUCAGUUGGAGAUGGGAGUCUCGUGAACCUCACUAGGACCAAAAUGAAAUUUUCAAUUCAGUUGAUUCUCUGUCCUUGCUUCCUCUUUCCUUCUCUCUCUGUUUUGCAGACAGGGCACUGUGGUGUUCUUUUGUGUGUGUUUGUUUGUUUUGUUGAUGUUGUUCUGUUUUUGUUUCUUAGAAGAUAAAACAGUUUAUUUUCCACAACUUUCCCACUUGGCCAUUUGCAGAAGGCCUGUGAUGUUAAAUGCCUUAUUGAGUGCCUCUCCCUUCCCGGGACUCGCCAGCGGUGCUUGAGGUCUACUGACAACGUUAACAUCCCUUUAACUUACAUGUGGUUUUAUAACUCACUUCUCUUUUUCUAUUUCUUCAAUUGCCUUUUGACAAUGUCUUUUAGUUUGGUGGUGGUGAAAUUUACUUGCUGUUCUUUUAUUUUCUAUUGAAUCAAGUUUGUGCUUGAAUGAAAAGUGUAUCUUAAACCCAUUUGUUUUUGUGGACAGGUUGCACUUGGAUAAAAUAGGCACCACUGUGUUGAUAUGUAAUUAGAUUUAUAACCAUUAUUUAUCUAUGGAUGUCAUCAUUUGAAAAUUUAAUUAUAGCAUAUUUGUGAUUCUAGUCUGCUGCUUUGUAAAAAAAAAAUUAACUGAUAUUUCAUUUAAAAAUUUUUAAAUGUCUAAUCAUUGUUAUCCAGGUUAUUAAAAAUGAGCCAGGGAGCUAGUUCAUAGUUCCAUACUCAUUUAAAAAAAAUUGUAAAGGCUGAGCUAUAUUUGUUGAUCUUCUUUGAGAUGAUAAUGAACACUGAAAUAGAUGAGAAAUCAAUGGAGAAAAUGUGGAUAGUGAUUUCAUGUUUUUUUCUUUUUUUAAUAAAUUGCUACAUGUAGA